AUGCCAGUGCCAGUGCCAGUAGAAGCUACUGCAACUAGUAGUACACAACAAGAAGAAGCAGAUGAAGAUGUAUUAGUCACUUCAGUACAUGCAGUAGUGCAUGUAAUAGCAGCAGUAGAUUUCCUAGCGAGUCUACUGAGUGGUUCUCUGGGAGCUUAUUGGGUUUUCUUCUGUCCUGAACAAUCUCAUGGCAGAGCUCCACUACUCUUUCUACUGGCAGCUCUACUGCUGCCACUCAUGCUUCUGGAAGUUGGGGAAAUUUUCUGUCUCAUGACAGGCACUGCAAUUGUAGGCACAGAAGAUAUCAAGACCAGCAGAAUCACCAAGCGUACCAUUCAACUACACGUGGGACAAGGACUCUUCAUGGGCACGGGAAUGGCUAGAGUGCUCACGGCUCAAGAACCUACUGCAUUGCUACGACAAGCUAGCAUUUGGUCCAUGGCGUGGGUGCUAUGGACCUAUGGGGUGUUUAUGUGUCCAAGCACUACUACUACUAGUACCAAAACUACCAAAACUGCCGAAAGUACCCAAAAUGACCACCAGAACAUCAAGCAACCAAAAGCCAUGUCUGCCUAA